CUUGUAUAUAGGAUAGACUGUUGUCUUAUCCUUGUCGAUCUCGCUGCGAUCAUCAGAUCCUAUGAGCGCCCUGCUCAGUAGGUCGAAGCAGCGGUCAUGAAACGGGAGCGCGACCCAGUUCUCCACAUUUUCUGAGCGGUAGCUAGUUGCAUCAACAAAGUUAGUAGUAGCAUUGGCUGAUAGACACGCCGCACGUAUGUAUCAAAGGAUGGAUCGCUUUGGUGUCGUGCCACCGGAUAUUCUCCGUGAGAUCCUCAAGCUCUUGCCCGAUCUCCACACCCUGCAGAACCUGCGCCGCGCAUCACCGGCUGUGAACAGCCUGCUACACGAGGAUGGCCCUGCCGCAGAGAUCGUUGAGAGUAUCAUCUCAUCAAAUCUCGCGUACCCCACCCAGUUCAAGGUGCGCCUCAUUGCCCUGUUGGUCUGGGGCCCGGAUGGGCACAACAUCCUUCUUGAGUCGCCCAAUGAUCUUCGAGACACACUUUGGGGGCCACGCCGCGAGAACCCACCGGAGCGAGCCAAGCACCGAGACACAGUGGGACGCCGAUUCUUGACACGUUAUACAGGUCUUCCCUCGGCGGUGCUGGUUCGGGUUGUCACUCUUGCCGGACAGGUCCACCAGCUUGCCCACCGCUGCUUCCACACCCUGCUUGCUCGCGUCCUGGCGUCACAGCCUCGCCGGCCAACAGAUCCGACCCUCACCAAUCGUGAGUACACGCACUCAGUCAACGCCGCGGUGCGGGCGCGGGCACCCUUUCCGUUGCCGGGACCAGCGCCAGAGUCGGAGCUGGUGCCAUUUCCCCCCGCAGCAACCGCUUCGCCUUCUUGGGGAGAGGCACGGCGAUUUGAGGCUGAUUCGUGGGAAUAUGCCCUACAAGCAAUACUACUUCACUUGCCAUCGGGGCCCGUCACAUUAGCACGGCAGAAGUCAAUCGGCCAAAUUUUCCAACCACCCGAGCAUCACAUUCCUGCAUGGAUAAAUUAUGGUACCUUGAAAGAGUGCCUCCCGAAGCAGCCGAUGCGCCUGUCAGAAGCAAUCAACAUACUGCCAGCCGUACAGCAUCCAUGCUGUCAAGGGGACCCCCUUUUUGACCACCACGAGGAAUGGAAGCCGCCCGAGUAUGUCGAGCAAGACAGACUCCUGGUCCCACUUGACAGAUACAUUAACAGGACUUGGUUGAUCUCACCCAUGAAACACGAGCAAUGGAGCCCCAUCUUCCAGGCCGAUUUGCACGAUUUCGAUCAUCUCGGCUUCCUAGUGUGGUGCAGGAAACGGAUGGCCGCGCUGGGGUUCAUGGCGCACGACGACGAGGAGACACGAAGGAAUCGCGUCGCCGGUGGGCCAAUGCAAGGCAAUUGGCCGUGUCGCAAUGCAAUCUACUCGGAUCUCCUUGCCUGCAGAAGCGUAAUGUCUGCUAGGCAGGUGGAAAUCAUGCAGGAACGGUCGAGAAGAUGGUGGGCUGACAAUGUUCUCCAUGCACCUCCUCGAGGCACAUGAGGCGAACCGUCCUGAUCAAUCAAAUUCUAGAUCCCCUUUUUCUGUUGUUCUCAAAUUAUGAAAGAAUUGGAGGUAUGCCUGGGGUGUAUAACCAACAAACAAACAGGACAAGUGGGCGGAUAGAUUGACCCAUCCUUAUUCUUGACUGACAUUCUGAAUAGUAGAUCCGGUGAUUUCAUUAUUGUGUUGGGUAGGAGGAUGAUGAGAAUAUGAAAAAAAAUAAAAUCCAAGUACAGGC